AUGCCUCAGAGCCUUAUUAAACAUGCUUGGGUCCCCAGGAAGCCCUACUCUACCCAAGUUUACCAGAAGAUGUGGGGGAGGAUGGGGUCGAUGGGCUCCACCAGUUCGAAGCGCGUCAGUGCUGAUGAAAGAAGCAAAGCUUUGAAAGCCUGGGGCCCCGCGCCUGCUUAUGGCCACUACGAGAGCGUGGAACGUGGCCCCACAUGGGCACAUGUGGCGUGA